AUGGGAGAGACAACACAAAAGAAGCGCUAUGCCAUCGUCGGCACCGGAGGCCGAUCGGGCUUCUUUUACACGGCCAUUGCAAAGGACUACAGCAGCACUUCAGUCAUCGUCGGUCUCUGCGACACAAACCAGACGCGCAUGAACUAUGCCAACUCGAGAUUGAAAGACCUCGGCCACGGCGAGGUUCCGACGUACAUCGCUGCCAACUUUGACCAGAUGAUCAAAGAGACCAAGCCGGACGAGGUCAUUGUCACAACAAUGGACCGUACACAUAACAUCUACAUCGUCAGAGCAAUGGAGCUAGGCUGCAACGUCGUCACCGAGAAGCCAAUGACCAUCGACGCUCCUCG